AUGGCCUUGCUGAGGAACGUGAACGAUCUCCCGAUGGAGGGCGACUACCAGGAGACCCGGGAUUUAGCUAGUGGGCAGCGAUUCUUCAGCGCGAUUGCACGCAACUGUUCCUACCUCCACAACCUUGUGGUAGGUGCAAGUCAGACUGUUGCCCAGGCUUCUGGCAAUGCUGCGCGAUGGGCUCCCCCCGCCAAAAAGGCACCGGGGCCGCCGCCAAAAAAGGCGGGUGCGGUUGUCAAAGCAGCUCCAGCGCCACCGCCAAAGAAGGCCAGCGCUGAGGAUCCCCAAGGGCUCUUGCUCUUCCACCUCGAGCGGCGGACGGAGCCGGCCAUCGACGAGCCUUCAGACCAGCGCUUGCCUACGCCACUGCCAAAGAUGAUGCAGGGCCACGACGAGGGGUCGCCUUUGUGGCAGCGCAUGCAGCUGCAGUGA